AUGACACCUUCAGAACAAUUGGGUUCUCCUAUCAGAAACAUAACAACAGACAGUUCUUUGCCAGAUGCUGGGAAUGAUUUUCUGUUCAAGGAAGGACUGGAUCUGUGGGACAAACACUUCAAGCCUGCUGAAGGAGCUGACAAAGUGAUUCAACUCCUGAUAGCUUUAGUUGGGCUAAAUCACUUUUGUCCUCUCAACUCUGGAACUACAUCAUUGAGGGAUCUAUUGACAAAAAGUUCAUUCCUUUUAUACUGCCUGACUCCUGUAUCUCUGGUCAUACUCCUACUUGUCAGCUACUUAAUGUGGAGCAGGAGGUCUCCUCAGCUCACCCGGCUACGCCAAAGCACACUAAUGUUGAAGAGGAUCAUGGAGCUCGCUCAGCUAGCACGUCUGCUGUGUAUGCUCGAAAGAAGAGGAAAGACAAGGCUCCUAUCUGUGAAACUGAGGCUAAUGCUAAGGACUGCACUGAUGAGAUGCUCCAGCGGCCUAAGAAGAAGAAAGAAGCCAAGGGAGCGCAGAAGAAGCCUGCAAUCUUUCGGCCUUAAAUCUUUAGUUGCACUCUUGCUACUUUUGUAAUGAAGUUGGACCAGAAUCUUAGCUCUAUUGGCACUAAGAUGUGUAGUUUAAUUGGGAACCUUGCUGUGUGGUCUUCCUUUUGUGAGAGUACUGUAAGAACUUGAUACGUCUCCGUCGUAUCUAC